AUGGAGAAGACCGAAGAUGGUAAGGAUAAAGUUAAUUUGAUUCCAACGCCCUCCGACGACCCAAAUGAUCCCCUUAACUGGACAUUUAAGAGGAAAAUGCUUCAAAUGUUCUGCAUUGUUCUUUAUUGCUAUGGUGGUUCUGUCCCAGGUUGCUGUAUUUAUUCCAUCCUCCCAGAAAUUGCAGCUGAUCCAAAUGUGAACAUUACGGUUGCAGAUUUGAAUGCGGGUACUGGAUACUCCUUCUUGUUUCUUGGCUUAGGUAACUUGGUUCUUUUGCCACUUGCCCAACAAUACGGAAAACGUCCUGUUUACUUGCUUGGUCUCAUUGGUGUCAUUGCGUUUAAUAUUUGGCAACCUUACAUUCACACAAACGGUGAAUGGAUUGCAUCCAAAAUUAUAAAUGGUUUUUUCUACUGUACCAUUGAAUCCUUACCUGAAAUCACUGUUACUGAUAUGUUCUUCGAGCACGAAAGAGCAACGUAUAUGGGAAUCUAUGGUGCAGCUUUGUUUAGCUCGAAUUAUGCUGCUCCUAUGCUUGCAGGUUUUGUGAAUGAUGCUCUAGGAUGGAAAUGGACCAUCAUAAUUGCCGUCAUUUUUGCUGCAGUUUGCUUUGUUCUUAUGUUCUUCCUAAUGGAGGAAACAAACUAUGAAAGAAAGUUAAGAGUGACCAGAGACGAAGAAGGAAACAUUUUGAAUGUCAUUACUUCCAAUCUGAGUGGUGAAAAUACUGAUCCUCUUGUCAUUAAGUCAGUUACAUCUAGAGUUACAGAAAGGCAGCAUUUGGGCAACCAAGCAUUUUUGAUUGACGAUUCAGUUCCAAUCGAAUAUGCUCCUGAAAAGACAUUCUGGCAAAAGAUGUCAUUGACAUCCGGUUUCAAGAAAGACUUCCACCUAUGGGAAUACAUGAUUGCACCAUUUUACAUGGUUCAGUUUCCUAUUGUGUUAUGGUCGGGUUUCCUUUACGGCUCUUCAUUGUUUUGGUAUUCUGUUUUGAACGGUACUGAAGCAAUUGUUCUUGGAGCGGAACCAUACAACUUUUCUGCAGCCAUGUGUGGCUUGGCUUAUGUGUCACCAGUCAUCUUUGUGUUUUUGAUUUACCCAUAUGCUGGUUGGUCUACGGACUGGAUUAAGAUCUUUAUUGCCAAGAAGCACAAUGGUAUAUCACAAGCGGAAGAUAGAUUAUGGGUUUUGAUUGUCUACAUGAUCCUUGGCCCUGCUGCUUUGAUUUUGUGGGGCGUUGGUGCUGCUCAUGGUGUCCACUGGUUUGGUGUGGUUGUUGGUUUAGGUUUACAAGCUGGGUUGUGUAUCGUGGGAUGUAUUUCAUCGGUCACUUAUACUUUAGAUUGCUAUCCUGAAAUGGGAGUGUCUGCCAUUACUGUUUUGGUUAUUAUUAGAAACACAAUGAACUUUGCCAUGGACUAUGGUAUCACGGCCUUUGUUACAAACAUGGGUGUCCAGAAUUGUUUCAUUACCUCUGCUUUUAUUUGCUUUUUCUGCAUUGGAACUUUUUUUGUCAUGAUAUACACUGGCCACUACUGGAGAAACAGAACAAAGGGCCAAUACUGGAAACUUGUUUCUUACUACCGUUCUAAGGGAAUAGAGUUUUAA